CAACGCGGUCUGCGACCGGGCAGCUGUUCUUGAGAAGAGGGAACAUAUUGUCAACGCUGAUUUGUUUUCAAACCAACCAACCGGGCUUGAAGUCCACUUUCAUUCAUUCACUCACUCCUAUCUCCUCCCUCAAUCAGCACCCCGCCAUAUCCGCAGUUCGAGCCGCCAGAUUUCAAAGCGCCACUCAACAUGCUCACCUGGGCCCUCACCUUCCUCUCACUCACCCUAUUCCUCUCCACGCUUUCCGUCGCCGCGCCCACACCGCAGCCAUGGUACGAGAAAUACCACCAGCCUCGCGUAGCCGUUCCACAAACAUACUACGAAGCCGUGUCGCUCCGGAGACAAACCCCGAUCACCCGCAACGUCGUCCAAGAUGUAGUCUGUCUCGAUUCUAGCGUAAACUUCAUCGAAUACGACGAGCACGCCGCCAUGCUAGGCAUCUGCGGGGGCAUCGCCGGGUCAUCGGUCGGUUCCUGCCGCGGGUCGCCCGCCACGACGACGGGCCGGUCCGGCAAGGCGCAGUUCACGGCGCGGGCGACGCAGAAGGGCGCCACCAUCAGCAUCUCCAAGGACAGCUGGGCCGCGUGCGUCGGCGCCGCCAGGCAGGCGUGUCCGAAGGGCAGCUUUCGCGGGGUCUGUCUCGGCGGUGCGACGAGGGGGGAUGUUGCGUUUGAGCUUACUUCUGUCUGAUUCAACCUUGUCUCUUCGUUUUGGAGGUUAAAAAACUAGGAGACGGGUAGGUAGAUGAGUGUCCUGGUGGUGGUUUUGUGCUUUUUUGG